GCAUUCAUUCGUCAAGAGUGAAGAGUUGUUGCUUGAGCGCUUCUGUUUAAAAAAGCUAGAAAAAUAUCUGAAUUGUUCUUCCUUUUGGAGAUAUGGCAACACAGUUCUCUACUCAAACUGUCACGGUCACAACCCAACCUGGUGGUCUGCGAAAUUGGAACAGUAGUCUUUUCUCGUGUUUUGAUGACAUAAAGACCUGUCUUUGUGGAUGUUGUUGCAGUUGCUGUCUUGCAAUUCAAGUUGCCACACGUAUGGGAGAAAGCUGUUUGUUCCCGCUCUGCUGUCCAGGAGCUCUGCUGGCCAUGCGAGCUAAGUUGCGAGGAGAACAGAACAUCCAGGGUGAUUUGUGUAAUGAUGCGAUCGUUGUUGAAUGCUGUGGUCCAUGUGCUCUUUGUCAAAUGUCCAGAGAGUUGGAUAUCCUUGGCCGAUAAAGUCUUUGUUCCUCCUCCUAACUCUGGCAUUUCUUUCGCAACUAUGCAUAUAUAAACAUGUUUUCCUCGCAAAGAACGUAUUUUUAAUUAGUGCCAAGUUUAUUUUGUAGUACGGAUAUGAUGUCAUAUUAUGAGUACUACCUUUUUUGUAAGCAAUAAAUGUCUUUGCUAACUUA